AUGAGGAGGGGGAAUCAGAGCCGUGUCUCUGAAUUCAUCCUUCUGGGGCUUCCCAUCCCACCAGAGGAUCAAGACAUGUGCUAUGCUAUGUUCCUGGCCAUGUACCUGACCACGGUGCUGGGGAACCUGCUCAUCAUCCUGCUCAUCAGGAUGGACUCUCGCCUCCACACCCCCAUGUACUUCUUCCUGUGCCACCUAGCCUUCUCUGACAUCUCUUUAUGCUCUGUCACUGUACCCAAGAUGCUCAUGAAUAUGCUGACACGGAGUCUAUCCAUCUCAUAUGCUGAAUGUGUUUCCCAGGUAUACUUUUCCAUAAUUUUUGUAGAUCUUGACAGCUUCCUUCUGACCUCAAUGGCCUAUGACAGGUAUGUAGCGAUCUGUCACCCUCUGCACUAUACCACCACAAUGAGUCACAGUCUCUGUUUCCUCCUAGUAGUUGUGUCCUGGGCCUUGUCUUUUGCUAGUGCCCUUGUGCACACCCUUCUCCUGACUCGUCUUUCUCUUUUUAAAGACAACACUCUUCAUCACUUUUUCUGUGACCUCUCUGACUUACUAAAGCUGUCCAGUUCAGACACCACCAUCAAUGAGCUCGUUAUCCUCACUGUAGGAGUGGUGGUCAUAACUGUGCCAUGCAUAUGCAUUCUGGUCUCCUAUGGCCACAUUGGGGCCACUAUUUUGAGGGCUCCCUCCAUGAAGGGAAUCUGCAAAGCCUUUUCCACAUGUGGCUCUCAUCUCUCUGUGGUUUCUCUGUACUAUGGAGCCAUUAUUGGGUUGUAUUUUGUCCCCUCUUCUAAUAACACUAAUGACAAGGAUGUCAUUGUGUCUGUGUUGUUCACUCUGGUCACACCCAUGCUGAACCCCUUUAUCUACAGCCUGAGGAAUCGAGAUAUGAAAGGAGCUCUGAGAAAUAUCCUCAAGAGGAGAGGAUUUUCAGAAGGAUUGGCUUCAAUGUCAUGCAUGAGGAGAAAUAACCAGAGCAGUGUGUCUGAGUUCAUCCUCCUGGGGCUCCCCAUCCAGCCAGAGGACCAAAGCAUGUACUACGCCCUGUUCCUGGCCAUGUAUCUGACCACGGUGCUGGGGAACCUUCUCAUCAUCCUGCUCAUCAGGCUGGACUCUCGCCUCCACACCCCCAUGUACUUCUUCCUCAGCCACCUGGCCUUCUCUGACAUCUCCUUAUCAUCUGUCAUCGUACCCAAGAUGCUCAUGAAUAUGCUGACACGAAGUCAAUCCAUCUCAUAUGCUGAGUGCAUUUCCCAGGUAUAUUUUUUCAAUAUCUUUGUAGUUCUUGACAGUUUCCUUCUGACGUCAAUGGCCUAUGACAGGUAUGUGGCCAUCUGCCACCCUCUGCACUAUACCCAAAUCAUAAGUCAGAACCUCUGUUUCCUGCUAGUAAUUGUGUCCUGGGCCUUGUCCUGUGCCAAUGCCCUUGUGCACACCCUUCUCUUUGCUAGUCUCUCUCUCUUUAAAGACAACGUUCUCCACCACUUCUUCUGUGACCUCUCUGCCCUACUGAAGCUGUCCAGCUCAGACACCACCAUCAAUACCCUGGCUAUCCUCACUUUAGGAUCAUUGAUCAUUACUGUACCAUUCAUGUGCAUUCUGGUCUCUUAUGGCCUCAUUGGAUCCACAGUCCUGAGAACUCCCUCUGCAAAGGGAAUCUGCAAGGCCUUGUCCACAUGUGGCUCUCAUGUCUCUGUGGUUUCUCUGUACUAUGGAGCCAUUAUUGGGUUGUAUUUUGUCCCCUCUUCCAGUAACAUUAGUAAUAAGGAUGUCAUUGUGUCAGUGUUGUACACUCUGGUCACACCCAUGUUGAAUCCCUUUAUCUAUAGUCUGAGGAAUCGGGAUAUGAAAGGAGCCCUGAGAAAUAUCCUCAAGAGGAGAGUGUCUUCAGAGACAUAG